ACAGGAAGGUGCGUGGUAACACAGAAAACCCAGCUGAACUGACUUCUCUAUGUAGUGAGUGUCCGUCUGUCAGCCUUUACGAGUACGUGGUAUUCACGUGGAUAAUCAAUCAUGGAAUUAUUAGUUCGAUAUCUGGACAGGAGCAAUUCAACUAGCUCUGUUAUGACUGAAGACAUUAUCAAAGAGGAGAACUUGAGAGAUGACCUGAGGUAUUACUUCAUGAGCCCUUGUGAGAAGUACCGGGCCCGACGACACAUACCCUGGAAACUUGGGGUGCAGAUUCUGAAAAUCGUCAUGAUCACCACACAACUCAUCCUGUUCGGCCUCAACAACCAGCUGGUGGUGUCCUACAAGGAGGAGAACACGAUGGCCCUCAAAAACCUUUUCCUGAAGGACUACAGUGGGGUGGAUGAGGACGACUACAGUGUUGCUGUCUACACGCAGCAUGGUGUCUAUGACAGUCUGUUUUAUGUCCUGGAUCAGUACAGCCAGUUGGGCCGGCUCUCUGUGGGUCCCAUCAGUUAUGCUGAGGAUGAAGACGACAAGCUGCUGCCUCUCAUCAUCUGUAAAGAGUACUACAAGAGAGGCAGCGUGGAGCCGUCAGACGAGGCUUAUGAUAUAGACGCUCAGCUGGAGACAGUUUGUAUGUCACAUGAACCAAAGACUGCAAACCAGUGGAAAAUCCAGAAUUCAACCUUUUUUGAUCUAGACUUUUACAGGCUGGUUGACCUCAAAAUAACCUUCCAGCUGAAAGGAAUCAACCUUCAGACAGUGCGUUCACUGGAGCUACCUGACUGCUACUCGUUCUACGUUACGAUAACAUUUGACAACCAGUGUCACAGUGGAAAGGUGAAAAUAUUCCUGGACAUCGACACUCAGAGCUGUGCAUGCAGAGACUGGAAGAUAUCUGGGACGGCUCAGAAGAACACACACUAUCUUCUGGUGUUUGACGGCUUCGUCAUUCUCAUUUGCCUCACGUCAGCUGUGCUGUGCACCCGCUCCAUCAUACUGGCUGUUCGGUUGCUCCAGAGAUUCUCCAGAUUCUUGCAUGAGAACUACAAUCAUAAAGUGUGUGAGGAUGACCAGGGGGAGUUUCUGAAUGGCUGGUAUGUGCUGGUCAUUGUCAGCGACCUCUUGGCCAUAAUUGGAUCCAUACUGAAGAUGGAAAUACAAGCAAAGAGUCUGACCAGUUAUGAUGUGUGCAGCAUCUUCCUGGGAACGUCUACAUUAAUGGUGUGGGUUGGUGUAAUCAGGUACCUGGGAUAUUUCCAGAAAUACAAUGUGUUAAUUUUAACCAUGAAAGCAGCCUUCCCCAAAGUCCUGCGUUUCUGCUGCUGUGCCGGCAUGAUCUACCUUGGCUACACCUUCUGUGGGUGGAUCGUACUGGGCCCAUACCAUGAGAAGUUUGAGGGCCUGAGUCGUGUAGCAGAGUGUCUGUUCUCCCUGUUGAACGGCGACGACAUGUUCACCACCUUUGCCCAGCUGAAGGACAAAAACACUUUGGUGUGGCUCUUCAGCCGGGCCUACCUCUACUCCUUCAUCUCGCUGUUCAUCUAUAUGGUGCUCUCGCUCUUCAUCGCCCUCAUCACCGAUGCCUACGAGACCAUCAAGAACUAUCAAAAAGAAGGAUUCCCAUUGACGGACCUGCAGAAGUUCCUCAGAGAACAGAAAGAUGUUGCAGAGGAGAGCAGUCAGACAGAUGUUCACAUCAGACAACCUGUGUUCUGCUGCUGCCAACGCAGGCAGCAGACUGGAGCGGAGUUUCCUCCACGCUGUGGUUUGGCUCACUCUUACGUGGUGUGAGAGCAAUGAAAUUAGUGGUGGGAGCUAUGCAGACACACCCAGUGAUGGGCUGAUUACAGAGAAACUGAGGCCGUACACUGGGAAGAACCCCCCUCUUCCACCCCCCAGCCAUCACUCCCUCUGUGCUGUGUUGCCUCCAGGAUAAACAGGCUACAGUUAAGACUCAGCCAAUUGAGCCAGUGUUUAGUUGGGAAGAGUUAUUUGAUUCAAGCGUGAUGGAUGAAAGUUUAACUCCAGUUGCCUUUUUAAUGUGGUGUGCAGUAUAUUUCAAUGGCUCUCUGGUGUGCGUGUGUGUUUUUUGUUUUGUAGAAGGACUAAACACUGUAUCCUCUUUUUCUUCAUCACUUUCUUAAUCUCCUUUUGUAAUCUGAUGACGUUUCUGACAAUUUUUUAUAUAUAUAUAUAUAUAUAUAUAUAUAUAUAUAUAUAUAUAUAAAAUGAAUUGCACUUCUCACGUUUUAUUUCACCACGUCCACGACGAUUUCCACAACUUGGUGCUUUUUGAAAAGUCAGUGCUUCCUCUUUAACUGUCCAUUUCUACCAAACAGAAAAGUGACAACGUUUAAACAAAAGCAGCACUUCACCAUGCUGUGGUGUCAUACUUUGGCUUUUGGUUCUGCAUUCUUAAAGAUUCCUAAACUUUUCAAUAUAUUAUUCAAUUUCCCAGUUUUGGAUCAAUUAGAUUUAUAUUCAGUGAUGAUUACCUAUAAACAGACACCAGGCCUGGUUUCUGUAGCCAUCACCAUUCUUCCACUUAAAAAGCACAAGUCCAUUUUAAGACUGAGUGCAAAAAGAUGUUGUUUAUCCCAGAGAAGCAACUGCUGUAGCCAUUUGUAUAGAAUUGUGCAGUGUUUGCUGUCAGACUAUUAUUUACUGCAAGCCAGAGGCCCAAAUGUUUGUACACACUGUUAAAAAUAAUGUUGAGCCAUGUAAUCAGUGGAAAAGAACUGAAUACAUUAAAGAUGGAAAUGUU